CCUUCAGUACUAGUGUCAAUACCUUUUGGCGUAACGGUUAAACGAACGAUAGUCUUGACUACUUACUACGUCAUCUUCUAAUCCGUGUUGGACCCUUUCCUAUGUAGGCCUUUUGUCUGCUAUUGGUCGCAGCCUACGAUUAUCUUUCCUCACUAAAUUCUGCCUGCGAUAACACAAAGAUUCCAGGGCUGCCACAACAUUCAUAUUGCUCUUUGACCGGCCAUCAAUCACCUUGCCAAACAACUAAAUUCGUCCACCUUCUUUGCCAUCGUUCCCUCAUUUUGAGCGGGACUUGUAUUCCAUGCUGAUAUUCACCAAUGUUACUUGGCUGGACCUAUGUCUUGCUGGUGCCGGAGUGUAUCUGGUCAAGCAGGCAUUCAGAAAGAAGAACCUUGCACCAUAUCCCCCUGGACCUCCGGGGUGGCCUCUCAUUGGGAACGUCGCAGACAUUCUUCACAGCAAGGUCUGGCUCACCUUUGCCAAGUGGCGCAAAAAAUAUGGUGACAUCUCGCAUAUCGAAGUUCUGGGUCGGCACAUCAUUGUACUGAAUUCUGUCGAGGCAGCGAUGGCAUUGCUAGACAAAAAAAGCUCUGUGUACUCUGACCGUCCAGUUCUUACAAUGGGUGGUGAACUUGUUGGCUGGAAGUACUGUUUGGGUUUUCUCUCUUAUGGUGAUCGUUUUCGCUAUUACCGCAAGAACAUCCACCGCGUCAUUGGCAGUCGUGCUGCUAUGGCUGUCUACGAACCGAUUGAGGAGAUUGAGACCCGCCGGUUCCUGAAGCGUGUGUUUGCAAAACCCGAGCAACUGCAAGCACAUAUUCGACACAUCGCUGGCGCUAUCAUUCUGCGAAUCUCUCAUGGAUAUGAGGUGAAGGAGAACAAUGAUCCCUUCGUCGACCUUGCAGACCGCGCUAUGGACCAAUUGUCGCGGUCCAAUGAUACUGGUGCCUUCAUGGUUAACAUCAUGCCAUGGUUGGCCAAGGUUCCCGAGUGGUUUCCUGGUGCUGGAUUCAAGUGCUUGGCCCGUGAAUGGCGCCAGACCCUUGAAGAGUUGGUUGAAGCACCACACAAAUUCGUCAAGGAUCAGAUAGCUGCCGGAGUUGCCCGCGUGUCUUUCACCUCCCAUCUGUUGAAAGGCCGUCCUUUGUCUGCGGAAGAGGAUCACAUGGUGAAAUGGUCUGCUGUAUCCCUAUACACCGGUGGUGCCGACACGACAGUUUCUACAAUCUAUUCGAUCUUCCUGGCGAUGACACUGUUCCCUGAUGUGCAGAAGAAGGCUCAGGCUGAAAUAGAUGCUGUUGUUGGCACUGAUCGUCUUCCCUCUUUUGCAGACCGCGACUCCCUCCCCUAUAUUGAAGCCCUUGUGAAAGAAUCCCUGCGCUGGAAUGUUGUUGUCCCUACAGGGAUCCCCCACUGUGUCUCUGAGGACGAUAUCCAUGACGGGUACUACAUUCCGAAAGGAUCUUGGAUCAUGCCUAACAUCUGGUUCAUGCUCAAUGACCAGCAGACAUAUGCUAACCCUUCGCAAUUCAAGCCUGAACGCUUCUUAGACAAUGACGGAAAGGAUCCCGAACGCGAGCCUCGCACGAUCUGCUUCGGCUUUGGUAGACGGAUCUGCCCCGGCCUCCACCUCGCUGAUGCUUCCAUCUGGCUAUCUACCGUGAUGUCGCUCGCCGUGUUUGAUAUUUCCAAGAUCGUCGAGAACGGUGUCGAGCACACCCCUGAGGUUGACUCCUCAUCAGGCGCGAUCAGCCAUCCCAAACCCUUCAAGUGCUCUAUCAAGCCUCGCUCUGCGAAAGCUAUUGCGCUCAUUCAGCAGGAUGUUAAAUAUUAAGGGCACGAAUAUUAUCCUUGUUGUCUGAAUCUGUCCGAUAUCGUACAACAUAUCUUGUUUCAUCUUGUUGUAUCGAUGCUACUCAUGAUGACCUGGUCCACAUGUAAUACACACAUCUGGCACCUUGCCACCUCCCGGGGACCCAACAAGGAGCAGGUUCAUGUACUUAAGAUCUCCUGUCGAUGUUCAACACCUUUACGCGUGGCAACCAUCCUCGACUCAACCGUUGUGACCCCUCUUAACCAUGAAGCUCCAAGCCAUGUGAACACAUUCACCUCGUGACCUGUCCCUCGACAUUACGAGUUCUGCCGGCACUGAUACGAAGAAUGUGUGUCCUGUC